AUGUCGGAGCACGCCUCUGAAGCUGGUCCGAGCACGGCCCCACGACGGCGACGCAGCGCCUCGUCGUCGUCGUCCUCUGCGGGGCGGCGGCGUUCUGGUCUGGUGCGCGCCCUUUCAGCGCAGAGCACGCGAUCGGACUCGAGCAACGUCAGCAGCGGCAGUGCCAAGGUCGACUGGGACUCUGGCGAUGCGUAUGACUAUGUUCAGGGCAACGACGAGAUCAGCGCGUUUCUGCACUGCCCCAUCUGCCUCGGUCCGUUCUACGAGCCGGUCGGGUCGGUGCGGUGCUCGCACACAUUCUGCAAGCUGUGCAUCACCACUGCCCUGGCUGAGGCGGGGCCCGAUGGCGAGCAAGACGAGGGUGCGCCGUCGCGGUCGCGUGCGACGAGGUGCCCAUCGUGCCGCACCGAGGUCGGGCUGGACGACUUUCGGCCGACGGCGCUGCUGAUCAAGAACAUGGUCGACACGCUCCUCGUCCGCUGUCCGAACCGCGCCAAGGGCUGCGGACACACCUGCGAGCGGCACCUGGUGCGCGGGCACGUGGCGCGCGAGUGCGAGUACGAGUACGUCGAUGCGGAUCUCCACCAGGGCAAGCGGUGCGGCUGCCGGGCCAAGGUCAUGCGCAAGGACUGGCAGCGGCACGCGCUCGUCUGUCCAAAGAGAAAGGUCGACUGCGAGACGUGUCGCGAGCAGGUCCCUGCCGACGAGCUCGAGCGGCACUGCCAAACGUGCUCGCCCGAGCCGGCGUCGUGCUGGCACUGCGGGACGGAGUCGACGCGGAGCAGGUUGCCGCUGCACCUCGACGAGUGCCCGGAGCUUCCCGUGCCUUGUCGGCACGCACAAUUCGGGUGCGACUGGCGAGGUCCGCGCUGGCAGCUCGAGGCCGAGGCGGAAACGACCGCCGACGCUUCGAUCUACCACCUCACCUCCUGCCGCUACGAACCGCUCAAGGCCUUUUUCACCAUCUUUGCGCGGCAGACGUCGGAGCUGCGGCGAGAAAACGACUCGCUGCGGCAGAGGCUGCAAGAGGUCGAAGGGAGGCAGCGGUCCUGCGAUCGGAGGGUCGACGACUGCGUCCACAGCCUGGGCAGCUGGUACCGGCCCGCCGAGCAGGCAUCCGACCAUGGCGACGUUGCACCCGCUCUGACAUUGCAAGGUCUUCAUCGCUUUGACCUCGACGGCGGCGGACACGGGGCUGGACCAAGGCCGCCGCAACAUGGCUCGUCGGCGACUUCCGCGCCAGAUCAGCCGGUCCCGACGCUCGAGGAUCGUCGAUCGACGACGGAAUCUGCUGCGACCUUGCGUUGGCCCUCGCCCAUGUUCGCCGGCACCGGCAGCGGCCGGACGACUGCACCGGCCACUGACCACCGCACGACACCCGUCUAUUCGCCGCCGCCGACGUCCCGCUCGGCGCCAUCUUCGACCAACAUCGACAUCCCGCCGCCGUCCCUUUUGUCGCCGCCGGACACCAUGCCCCGGCACCCUGCAUCGUCGCGCCAUCCGCCGACGACGCCCCCGCUGGCCGAGACCACGUUGUCUGGCCUGCUGGCCUCGUUGCAGGACAGCAUUGGCGCGCUCUUUGACGCCCUGACUUCCCUCGAGAGGCGGUACGAGGAUUCGCAUCUGACCGCGGUGAGCGCCAGCUUCGAGGCGGCGCGCGCGACAGAAGAGACGGCGAGCCUGCGCCACGUCGUGCACGCCGUCCGGAUGCAGAUCCAUCAGAUCCUCAUGACGCAGCAGCGGGUGGCCCUCUUUUCUCCGCCCGCCUACGUCGGCCAGAACCAGGCCGAGGCGGCGUCUGCGGGGAGCGCGCCUCGAGGCUCCGCAAGCGAGGCCGCGCCCACGCCGUCGCAUCCGGGGCCGCCGCCGCCGCCGGCCUGUAGUCCGCCCAUGUUGGUGAGGAGGUGGGCAGGCUUCGACCAGACCAAACUCUGA